UAGGAUUUGAAUUUUCUAGGGAUACAAUUUUGAGUUUUACGAACACGGGAGAGAAAGAAAUCAACCGGCACAGAGACUUGAUUUCUGCUCUAUAAACCACUUGUUCAGCUCUCGGGUGAAGAUGAUCUCUCGCGAGGAGAUGAUUAGACGCGGUAAACAGAUGGACACUUUGGAGUAUAAACCUGUGACCCUUAGAGCAUCUACAAUGGUGCGAUCAAAAACCAAAAAUCAAAGACCAAAAACAAGGAUCAAAUUUGAGUUUAGUCCGUAGUGGUAUCUUAGGAUAGAAGAGUAAAUCUGGUCAGGAUCACAUAUAAUAUUUGCCCCAUCACAAUGAUCACAUAUAAUGUCGGUCCCAUUUGGUCAGGAUCACGUAUAAUGUCCGCCCCAUCACAAGGAUCACAUAUAAUGUCCGCCUCAUCACAAGAAUACUUUAUACGUUCGUCCCAUCACAGGAUCACUUUAUACGUUCGCCUCAUCACAUGAUCACUUUAUACGUUCGCUCGACUAUAUUUGGUUUUGGUCUUGGUCCCAGACCAAAUAUAGCAUGGGAUUUGGUUUUGGUCCAGCUUUUACUCGAUAGUCUGUCCCACUGUAUCUCGUUCAUUGACCAAAUAUAUAGGUUUGAUUGUCCACUGCAGUUGCUCUUAAGGAGUAUAAGCCUUAUUGGGAGCCACUUCCAAUCAUGAUCCCCAAUCCUGAGGGUUUUUCUUAUAGCCUUAUCUAAAUGCCCCCCUGUUCUUUACCCUCUUUCUCAUUUUUACCCGAUGAAAAACCUGUUUCAUUUCGUCUCCCAACCAACGAUAAGCUCCCUUUUGGAUAUAAAGAAUUUGCUUUAUUAGAUAGUGGUUAUCAUCCUCUAUCCCAGGAAGUAGGGUACAAAGAAGGUUGGUAUGAUAUGACCUGGGAGGAGGGACCUUGCGACUAUUCCAAGUAUUAUCGUGAUCCUAGUAAAGAAAAGCCGCAUUUUAAGGUUCAAAUAGCAGGUCCAGAGGAUUAUCCAAGUUUGAGGAUGGCAGAGGCUUCCAUGUCGUCCUCGACUUUAUCUACUUCUACGAAGGAAUGACGGCUUCUGACCAGGGUAUGGCAGAAGAAGGGCAGAACUCUCCUCACAGUAGCAGGGUUUGAAUGACCCUCUUUCAUAGCUUUGUGUGCUAACUCUGAAGUAAUAUCUUUUGUUUUUGACUCACUCUCUAAUUAAGGAUUUACUUCUCCGCUGCCCACAAAGAUUGUGCUCUAAGGACACUUAAAUUUGGGUCUGAAGCCUUCAUUUCUUAAUGAUGUGUUUUUGGUCUA